UUUUUUUUUUUGAGGUUUGUUUCGAUGAGGGUCUCUGGUUGUGUUCGAUCAUUAUCGUUACGGGAGAUUUCAUUUGUGGAUGUUUGUGGGUUUUUGAUGUCUGAGUUGAGUUCGUCUGAUUUUUUUGAUUUCGAGUGAUGUAGGAAUUUAAGGAAGGUGGGUUUUUUUGGAGAGGAAUUUGAGGGUUUUUGAUGCUCUCUGUAGGGAGUAGGGAUGGGAGGAAGGGGUUAGGGUUAGGGUUUGAUGUUGGAGUAGAGAUGGAGGAGACUGAGCUUGAAGAAGGCGAGGCUUGCUUUUAUCAGGAUGACGACUCAAGAAUCGACCCUGAUGUUGCUCUCUCUUACAUCGAUGAAAAGCUUCAAGAUGUCUUAGGUCAUUUUCAAAAAGAUUUUGAAGGUGGGGUUUCUGCGGAAAAUUUGGGGGCAAAAUUUGGUGGGUACGGUUCGUUUUUACCCACUUAUCAGCGGUCUCCUUCCGUUUGGUCUCACCCAAUAAUUCCACCAAAAGUGCAGAACCACAAUACACCAAGAUCGCCAAACCAGUUGCCAGUGGAGGUUGCACGUCAGAACUCUUCACUUCCAUCCGGUGCACCCUUCUCUGUCAGGCUUGGACCUGCUUCUAUCAGCGCUGCGCCGCCACCUGUUUUAAGGGUCCCAUCUGUCGACAAUUCAGUUAAAAAAGAUGUAUGCUCGUACCCUGUUCGUGCCUCUGUGGAGUUCAGUCCAAAAACUGAACAUUUAAAUAAAUCGGUCAAUCCAAAUGAUCAGAAAAUACUGAAGGUUCGAAUCAAAGUAGGUCCUGAUAGCAGUUCAGCUCAGAAGAAUGCCGAGAUAUACAGUGGUCUCGGCCUUGAUAUGUCUCCUUCUUCAUCGUUUGAGGACAGCCCUGCUGAAAGUGGAGGGCUGUCUCCCGAAUCUCCGACUAGUAUACUUCAGAUUACGACAUCUUUUCCCAUCCCCGGGGGCCUGUUGUUAUCACCUUUACCUGAUAAUCUGCUCUGCUUAUCGGAAGAAGAAAAGCUUCAGAGAGACAGUAGGUAUGGGCCUGCCCACAAGGGUAGCCUGGAAGGUUUUGGCAUGCCAGUGGAUGAGUUGUCUUCUGCAAUGGGGGCUAGUAAAGUGUUGGGAGAGAAGAAAUCGAAGUCUGUGGAGAAAAGUGGGAGAUCUUUAGAAGUGAAGAACGGGAGUGGUAAAGGUUCUGGAAAUGACAUAGACAUUGAGACCCCUGCAGGCGGGGAGCUUGUUCCUAAUGCCAUGAAACUUCCUCUCUUAUCCAGCUCAAAAUUUGGCACAGGAGAUACAACUAAAGGUGCUGUUAGGGCUCCUGAUAUUUCCAGAGAAGCCAAUAAGUGUCUGGAGAAGGAUAAAAUAUUCUCUUCGGAAGCAUUGGAGUCAGUGCCCAGCCAAGAUGUGGACAUGGUUGAUAAACAGAGUGUGAAAAUGAGUUCAGCAGACAAGAUAUUGAACCCAAGGAAAGAAAGGAACAAAGGUAAUAAGAGCUAUGACACAUGUGGAACUGAAUCGGAUGCUGCCAAGGUGGGGAAAGAUCUUGAUGGUGGACCCACAGGUGCUCCAAAACAGAAGUUUGGGGUGAAAUCUACAUCCUCUGAACAGGAUGGAGUGAAGAGGCCCCAUGGGAAGGAGCAGCUGUCAUCUGGUGGCAAAAAGAAAUCAAAGGGAAGCCGAAGUAAAGGAACCCCUGCUGCAGAGUUCCCAAAGGAAAGCUUGAAGAUUGUUUCGUCUUCAGCAUCAAAAGAUAAGAAGAAAAACAGUCAACCUGAUGAUUACCCUUCUAAAAGAAAAUUGGAUGAUGUAAAAUCACGCAAAGACUUGGCGAAGACCAUGGACAACCAUAGGGAUUUAACUGGUGAUUCAAUAGUGGUGCAAGCUGAGGAUAGAGUAGACUCACUGGAAAUGCCUUUUAAAGGCCGGUGGAAUGACUCAAAGUCUGAGUUUUUUCAUAAAGAAAUCCACACAUUGGCAGACAAUCCAAAAAACAGAUUAAGUGGUAAAAAGAUUGAUAAUCAAUUGAGAUCAGAGGCGUCAAGGGCAACCCUGCCAGCUGCUUCUUUAAUGGAAAAUGGGUCUGUUCCUGAUGCAGUUCAUCCCCCUUCUGUUGUUAUAAAAGAAAAUUGGGUUGCCUGUGAUAAGUGUCAAAAGUGGAGGCUUCUACCUUUUGGCAUGGAGCCCACGGUCCUUCCGGAGAAGUGGUUGUGCAGCAUGCUUAAUUGGCUGCCUGAAAUGAACCGGUGUGAUGUUAGUGAAGAGGAGACAACAAGAGCUCUGUAUGCAGCAUACCAAGUCCCCAUCACUGAGGGUCAAAAUAACAUACAUAGUCUGCCUGUUGCAGCUGCAUCAGUAGUAGCCUUGGAUGAGGCUCGGCGUCUUGAUGACAGCCACCUUGAUGUUAGUUUGCGGGCUGUGCCUGGCAAUGCAAAGAAAAAACCUGGUUCAAAGGAAGCAUCAAGUGCAGCUAACCACAUGGGCUCCAUUCACUUUUCAAGUUCUACAAAGAAGAAUCAGCAGACCUCUGUGAAGAGUAGAAGCUUAAAUGAUGUGAACCAGGUUCCUUUGGAUUCCAAUCCUGUGAACAAGCCUGUCUUCCAACAAUUAAGCAAGUCAGGCGACUUGGCUGUGGAUAAAGUCAUGCAUAAACAGAAAGAGAAACAUAAACUGCUUGAACACUCUUUGGAUGGAGGUGUUGCCAAGUCCUCAAAAACAAAAAGCAAGAGGGAAGCUGGUCAAAAUGAAUACAGAACUUCUAAGAAAACGAAGACAGAAAGUAUGUAUUAUACUGAUGAUGAUUGGAAUUCUGAUCUGGGGUUCGCCCACCCCUGCUCAAGUACUGGUGGUUUGCCAGCUAAGGCACCUGGAAAGGAUUCGAAUAGUUCGAAGAAUUCAAAGCAUGAUGGAAGAGACAGUUUUCCAUCUUCUGUAAAGAAACUUAAAGACCAAGUUCAGGUUCCUCUGGAUGGGGGUGCUGCCCAGGAUUUGGGGAAAUCCAAUAAAAUGAAUGUUGCUGCUAAGAAGAGGAAGGUGAAGGAGUGGCAGGAGAGUCAAAUUCAUCUAGACCCAAGAAGUGGGCAUCACCUUCAUGACAGUAGGGGUUCUGUGAAGGAGGAGACCAGUGAAAGUGAAUGCCGAAAGGAAAAGAAGGCCAGAGCUUCUAAGUCUGAGCCAAAGGAGUACAAUACUAGUAACGGUGAUGGUAGAUCAGACAAAAAGGGUAAGGUGACGAAAAUCCUCUUGUCCGGAAGUAGAGAUCGAUCAGUUGAUGAAAUGGAAGCAGAAGCCGCAUGUUAUACGGAGAAGGAUCAGCAACUAGAGCAAUAUAGGGGAGAGAAAAUUGUGUCUCAACGGACCCUGGAUGUUUUAGAUUCAUUAAAAAAGGACCUGGGAUAUGGACAGCCUUCCAUGGCUGCCACUUCAAGCUCUUCAAAGGUUUCUGGAUCUCGUAAAACUAAAAACAACUUCCAGGAAGUGAAAGGUUCACCUGUAGAAUCUGUUUCAUCUUCUCCUUUGAGGUUGUCCAAUCCAGACAAGCUUACAUCGGCAAGAAGAGAUAUGUUGGGAAAAGAUGAUGCAAUGAACCAUGGUGUCUCUGUCGUUGGUAGCCCAAGAAGAUUCUCUGAUGGAGAAGCUGAUGGUGGCAGUGUUCGGUCUGGUAUGGUAAGGAAGGAUAAGACUUUUCAUGUGUCACAUCAUGGUUCACUGGAGUCUCCUGUGCUGGAUUAUCAGGACAAGGAUGCUGAUCACACAUCUGUUGGCAAAGGGCACAGACAGAUUGAACCUUCUGAAUUCAAACACACCCAUUUGGUGAAUGGUGAUGCUGAUACCACAGAUAGGUAUAACCGAUAUCAGAAUGAACUGCGGGCUAAGGACCAUGGCCCCAGUGAGGAGAGGAUGAAUAACGGCCAUUACCGUGUUAAUGGUUAUCUUCCUCGGAAGUCUGGGAAGGGAUCCUCAUCACGGUCUAAAGAGAAACACAGAAGUUCCAAAUCUGGUUUUGAUAAAGGUAAGGUCAAGCUUUCUGAUUCAUUCAAUGAGCAAGAAGACAUGCAUGCAACAAAAAGCUUGAGGUAUGAGGCCGAGACUGAAUCUCAUGAUCAUUCUCCUUACCAUCAAGACACAAGGGAUGGAAAAUACAGCUCUCAGGAUAAAUGUGCUGUUAAGUAUGAUAAGGAUGAGAAGACUUACUUGGGUAAGAAAGAUUCUUCAGGGAAAUGGUCAAGUGAAAGCAAUAAAAGAGAAAACCUGUCAAAAUUUGGGGGACAUGAAGAAUCUGUUGUGAAAAUCACUUGCAGCAAAGAUGGGAAAUCCAUCACACAGAAAAAUCUGCUGCUGGACUGUGAUGGUGAGAAAUCCUCCAGUCGGUUUCUUUCGGAUAGAAUUGAUAAGAUGGAUGUAGCAUCUGGGAGAGGGAAGUCUCAACUCUUCCCACAUUCUGGAGAUAAAAAGGAAACACAGUCUCGGUGUCCCCGACCAAUGCCAGUAAGUGCAUCUGAUGUUUUGCCUGUUGAUGCUUCUUGUGGUGGUGGUGAUGCAUUGAAGGUUUCAAGUCACACUAGGAAGCUUGAUAAUCAUAAUGGAGCUUGUCAUGGUAAUUUGAGACAUCCCACACCUAAUAGUCUUGGGCUCAGGGAUCUUAAUGCCCUCAAUGCCCCAAGUCCAGCUAGAAGGGAUUCUUCUGGCCAGGCUGCUGCUGCUAAUACUGCAUUGAAGGAAGCCAAAGAUCUGAAACACACUGCUGAUCGUUUUAAGGAUUCUGGCUUAGAUCUUGAGAGGAUUAGGCUAUACUUUGAGGCGGCUUUAAAGUUUCUUCAUGCUGCCUCACUUUUUGAACCUUUGCCUAAUGAGCUUACCAGAUCCAUGAAUGUUUAUAGUGAAACUGCCCAACUAUGCUGGUUUUGUGCACGUGAAUAUGAGAGAGCGAAAGAAAUGGCUGCUGCUGCUAUGGCUUACAAAUGCAUAGAGGUGGCACACAUGAAAGUAAUUUAUUCCAAACAUUUUACUGCAUCUAAAGAUCAGAUUGAGCUGCAAAAUGCAUUGAAAGUGGUUCCUCCAGGAGAGUCUCCAUCCUCGUCCGCCUCAGAUGUUGAUAACUUGAACAAUCAGGCAGCUGUGGAUAAGAUUGUUCUAACCAAAGAUAAUAAUAGUUCUCAGGUUGCUGGAAACCAUAUCAUUAUUGCUCGAAACCGCCCCACCUUUGAGCGGCUGCUUGGCUUUACACGGGACGUAAGUAGUGCGAUGGAAGCCUCAAGGAAAUCCCAGAAUGCUUUUGCAGUUGCCAUCACUAUCCUGGAAGAGUCUGGGCAUGUGGAGGGUAUCUCUUCUGUAAAGCGGGUUCUUGAUUUCAGUUUCCAUGAUGUGGAUGGACUACUACGUCUUGUACGGCUUGCAAUGGAAGUAAUCAACCUUUGAAAUUCAAUGGCCAUAGUAAUUUGUAAUCCUGUGAGUAUGUUUUCUCUGGUUCAUUUCCAUGGUAAGCAGGCCUUAAGGAGGA